UGGGCGCCAGGGCUGGCACCAGGGAGGCAUGGAGGUGGGUGCGCCCUUUGCAGAUGCUGUGUUCAUUCUGGCACCAACUCUGCCCAGAUGCAGGUGACGUCCCACAUGGCCCUGUUGGCUCCACUGCGACUUGUGGGCACGUGCUCCUUUCAUGGGUGACAUUCAUGUCUGGGCCAUCCCUGAUUUCCUCUGUGUAUGACAUGUGCACAUAACAUGUCCCCUGAUGAGCUUUGUGUGACUCGUAUGUUCUGGUCAGGCCCAGGCUCUGCCUGCACCCCUCUUGAGGGCUCACUGAGUUCUGGUCAGGGUAAGAGAAGUCUGCCAUUUCUUCUGCACUGCCAGUCCCCCUUUGUGGGAAGGUAGUCUGCAUCUCAUCCUGGUCACCAACCAUCAGAUGACAAGCCUGUCCUCCCACCUGUGAUCGUAUCUAUGAGGGGCCAAGAGGCCUCCUUUGUCUGGCCUUUGUGCCAGCCUCCAUGGAGACUUCCACAGGUGUCCACUGAGAUCGCUCACAGGCCUGCCUGCAGCACUGCAGCAGUUGGUGUGGAGGCCCUGUGGUGGGCUGAGGGCUCCAGGGCUGGGGUCAGGGGCAAGGCAGGACUGGAGCCCCCUGGGGCAGGACCCAUAUGGGUGUGGCAGCCCCAGGGACAUGUGAGGUAAUCAGACUGGUGUGUCCUGUGGCUCUGCUCUGCCGACCCUCACAGUACCUACAGCAUCCCCUUCUCCAGGACAGGAUCUGGGCUGGGAGGCAGCAAAGGCCAUUAGGAAAUGAGGCUCUGAAGAUGGGCAGACAGGAAGGGGCAGCUGGAGUGGGAACUCUGGGCUCACCUAGGGAAGGAGCUGCAGGAAUCUGAGCCUCCCCUGGCCCAGAGGUCUGGGGUCAGACCCUGAGGUCUGGGGUCAGCCUUGUCUGGAGAGUGUGUGUGAGAGUGUGUGCCUCCUGGGUGUUAGAGAGCCUUGGCUGGUGUUUGCCUGUUCCCGUGGGCGUCUGUGCUUUCUCUGAGUCUGCCAACAUGCCUGUGUACACCUUGUAAUGGUUUGCAUGUAUGUGGCUCUGGUGUGCAUCCCUAAGCAUGUACCUGUGUCUCUGUGUAUUUAUCCCGUGCUUGUCUAGGUAUCUGUGUACAUGUUUGCUGGUAUGUGUUCCCCAAAUGUCACAUGUAUUCCUGAGUCUCAGCUGCAGUGGAGAUGCAGAGACAAUCCUGGGGGACAGCUGGGGAUGCUGAGUCCUGGGGCGUCUGAUUGCUCUGGCCUCUCCUGAUUUGACAGGUAUCCUAGCAACACUGUUGUCAGUUGCCUAGCAACCAGAUCCCCAUCCUUGGAAAAGAAGCAGGGUCUGGCUGUGUGGGGGGAGGUCUAGCUCUCCUUUACAUCCUGUGUAGGAAGAACAACCCCAUGACUGUUCAGUGCAGGGGUCACCCAUAUGGCCUUGACUUGUAACCUUUCAUUUCAGUGUGCUUAUGACCUCUGUGCUGGCAAGGAGGCAGAUCCAUGGGAGUGAUUCAGCUGUGUGAAUGCCAGGGCCCUUCUCUGGGGCCCAACUGUGGAGAUGCCCUUGGUGUGGCUCCAUGUGACAAGCAGACCUGGGCUUUCCCAGCCUGCCAGGUGGACAGGGGUCUUUACACCUGUGAGGUUUCACAUUCUCAUCUGCUGGAGAGAUGUGCAUGGCAGCAGCCGUGUGUGCUGGGGAAUGUGCUUGUUUGUUCAGGCAUGGCCUAUGGUAGGCACAAGCAGCACACAGUAGGUGUGGUUCCAGUGCUGGGUUCAGCACCCUUCUGCUUGUUUACAACAAGGCUCUGAGAACUGGCUGGGCCGGACAUUGCUGUCUGCCUGCCCACUGAGGCUCUGCCAACUGUGGAGCCUGGCUGAGGGGUGCUGUUCUAGGCAGGGAGGCCAUCCAAGGCUGGUCUGGACCAGGCUGUCCAAGGCUGUGACUGCAUGUGUUGGGGGCCCAUGUCUGCCUGAGUGGGUCUGUCUGUAGGGUUCUCCCUGAGUUCCUGUUCCUGGGACUCUUUGUCUGAGCCUGUGUCCUCAUAUGUGUCUGAGUUCUGGUCUGUGUCUGCAUCUGUGUCUGUGCACAUCCAUGUCAUGUGUCCUGGCCUGUGUGUGGGUCUGUUGGGUCUGUGGGUCCCUCUCUUUAUGUGUGCCCUGAUCUCAUGUCUGUUUCCAUGUGGUAUGGGGCCCCCUCCUCCAGCCUGCGCAGCCCCUCCUGCUCUGGAGCAGCAGCCUCCUCCCCCUCCCCCUCCCCCAGCUCCUGGCUGCCGCACUUGCUGCACUCGCCACUGCGUCUAGUCUGGCGUCUGCUGAGAAGCAGCUACGCUGCAGCCCCAUCCAGACCCUGCGCUGAGGCAAGGAGCGAGCCGCCUAGCCCCACUCUGCUUCAGCCUCUCCAUCCAUCUGCCCAGGGCUGGGGUCUCCUCAGUCCCCAUUCCCAAAGAAGUCGUGGAGAUAGGGCCUGAGGUGCUAGAGGUCCUAUACAGACUGAUUUUUCAGGGCAGCAGAAUGGAGUCGCUCUUUCCUGCCCCACUCUGGGAGGUCCUCUACAGCAGCCACCUUCAGGGCAACCUGUCCCUCCUGAGUUCCAACCACAGUGUGAUGCCCCCCCACCUGCUGCUCAAUGCCAGCCAUGGCUCUUUCCUGCCCCUUGGGCUCAAGGUCACCAUCGUGGGGCUUUACCUGGCCGUGUGCAUCGGGGGGCUGCUGGGGAAUUGCCUCGUCAUGUACGUCAUCCUCAGGCACACCAAGAUGAAGACAGCUACCAACAUAUACAUUUUUAACCUGGCUCUGGCAGACACCCUGGUCCUGCUGACACUGCCCUUCCAGGGCACAGACAUCCUACUGGGCUUCUGGCCAUUUGGGAAUGCCCUGUGCAAGACUGUCAUUGCCAUUGACUACUACAACAUGUUCACCAGCACCUUCACCCUGACGGCCAUGAGUGUAGACCGCUACGUAGCCAUCUGCCACCCGAUCCGUGCCCUUGAUGUCCGGACGUCCAGCAAGGCUCAGGCUGUCAAUGUGGCCAUAUGGGCCCUGGCCUCUGUGGUUGGCGUCCCUGUUGCCAUCAUGGGCUCAGCACAGGUGGAGGAUGAAGAGAUCGAGUGUCUGGUGGAGAUCCCUGCCCCCCAGGACUACUGGGGCCCCGUGUUUGCUGUCUGCAUCUUUCUCUUCUCCUUCAUCAUUCCCGUGCUCAUCAUCUCUGUCUGCUAUAGCCUCAUGAUCCGGCGGCUGCGUGGUGUUCGUCUGCUCUCGGGCUCCCGAGAGAAGGACCGGAACCUGCGGCGAAUCACCCGGCUGGUGCUGGUGGUGGUGGCUGUAUUUGUGGGCUGCUGGACGCCUGUGCAGGUCUUUGUUCUGGUUCAAGGGCUGGGUGUCCAGCCAGGCAGUGAGACGGCUGUGGCCAUCCUGCGCUUCUGCACAGCCCUGGGCUAUGUCAACAGUUGUCUCAACCCCAUCCUCUAUGCCUUCCUGGAUGAGAACUUCAAGGCCUGCUUCCGCAAGUUCUGCUGUGCAUCCGCCUUGCAUCGGGAGAUGCAGGUAUCUGACCGAGUGCGGAGCAUCGCCAAGGAUGUGGCCCUUGCUUGCAAGACUUCUGAGACAGUGCCGCGGCCCGCAUGACUAGGCGUGGACCUGCCCAUGGUGCCCGUCAGCCCACAGAGCCCAUCCACGCCCAACACGGAGCUCACACAGGUCACUGCUCUGUAGGCUGAUCCCAAGCGUCUGGAGCUGUAGAUGGCUUUUCCCUUUGGCCCAUGAUACUCAGUCCCGGAGGAGGACCUGAAUGACAUCAUGGGGCAGUGGACUGUGGCUGCCUCUCCCGCUGUAGCCUCUAUAAGACUAAACUGCACUCCUGGUGCGGGGCCAGAGGGGAUGCAAGGACACUGCCUGCAAAUGUGCACUGCUCUGUGGACACCUUUGAGAGGAGCUGCUGCUCAGCAGCCAUGCUCCUGUGACUCCUCCUCAACCUCUCCCAUGCUGAGUCAGCGGAGCCUUGAUACUGCAGGUGGGCUCAUGCCCAGGUGUAGCCGCGGCUCUGUAGUCACCUGCACCCCACAUGCUGUGUGCUAUUUGUGUGGCAGGGCUCUGACUGCCUCUGACCUUGCAGUGUCUACUCAGGGCCACUGGACUGUCUUGGUGUUGCCCAGGAGUGUAGUGGGCAGCAUUUCUCUGUGGAGGGACUGACCCUGAGCCCAGGGCUUCCACCUGGAACACUUUCUGACUCCAUCUGAGCAGCCAGGGCUACCCUAGGAGGGUAUGCAGCAAGCUGUCAGCCUUGGCUGGAGGCUUCAUGUGGGUCCUGGCCCAGUCACUUUCUCAAUGUUCUUGUGCUACAAUGUACAGCUUGUGGAUUGGACCUGCCUCAGUGCUGCCGCUCUCUGCUCUUCCCGAUGGUGGCUCUGCCCUGGGCCUGACUCCCACUUCCCUUUCUGAGGCGAACAGGAGGCCUGACCCCAGCAGUUUUUCAGGGGCUCUUGCCCUCCAGAAGCCUGAUGUGCACUGUUGUGCACAGACUGUGCAGCCAGUGCUGCCUCUGCAGGUGUGGGAGGUGGCUCAGGGAGGGGUGCUGCAGGACCACCAUGGGUGGCUCUAUUGCUUGCAAAGCAUGGGCCCUGUGUGUUUAGUCAGAACAGCAUGCUCAGCCCUGAGGGCCCUACCACCUUCUGGGGAGUUCUCCCAGUCUCCUUUGCUUGAAGUUGGGUCAGUGGCUGUGCAGAUGGAAGGGGCCUGAGGCCUGGGGAGGUAUGGCUGGGCUGGGUUUUGCUUUGCAUACCCAUUGCUCACUGUUUAGUCGCAGGCCUCAGAGUGUCUCUGGGUAAGGCCUGAGCCUGCUGCCAGAUGUGAGGUUGGCCUCACAAGCAGAGCUGCUGUGCAAGGUUUGCUUGGGCUAACCUGCAAGGACUCUGAGCUUUGGGAACUCUGUCCCUUGGGGAAACCCUGCUGUGAUCACCCAGAGAAUCAGGCAGCUUUGCGAACACUCUUCCUGCAGGUGAAUUUUUGAAACACCUGCAACAUUGAAAAGAGGCUCUUCUUCCCCAGACCUUGGUCAGUCUUGGGCUGGUUCUUCCUGCCCUGGGGAGCCUUGGCUGCAGGGCUGUUCCUGGGGAGACCCGGGCACACUCUGUGAGGCCUUUGGCAGGAGCCACCUGGCUAUAGUGCUUUCUUACCAAGGCUGAGAACUUUGACUCUGUGCUGUUGUAACGCCACCUGUGACAUUACCUGUGUAUUUAUGCCUGUGA